CAUCGAAACGCAACACAUUGCCAUACACCAUUCCGUUUCUUAUCAUUCUUCCUUCUCUCAACUCAACCCAUCUUCCUCACCCACCACAAAACCAAUCCAAAGAUAUAGGGAAGUAAGGAGUUAGAGUUAGACCCUUUUUUGGUCUGAAGAAGGAGACAUUAGGAGAAACAUGGAAAUGAUGGCAUACCAGUUUUCUCGGUUACCUUACCUGGAUUCACUCAAACUGCUCGAGGCUGAUAUACAGCAUGCAAAUGCUUUAGCUGCUGCAAUUCCUAGAGCAAAGGGUGGGACUCUUCUCCAAAUGAAAUUGGUUUGCAAUCACUUGGCUCCUGUCUUUCUGUUGUUGCUGCAGUGGAUGGAAUGUUCUUGUACAUGCUUGCUACACAGAUAUCUUGACCUCUUUCACAUAGUUGUAUACAAGGUACACAAUGAUGGUAGAUCGAAUAUGACUUCUCAUGGAAGGAAAGCAACCAUCAGGGACUUUUAUGCCGUCAUACUGCCAUCUCUCCAGCGGCUUCAUGAUAGCGUGGAGAAGUUGGACAUUUGCAAGAAAGGGCAUUCUAGCAUAGAUGGUUCAUGUUAUGGCAAGAAAAUGAUUGAAGGAGAUGGGAAACUAAUCAAUGUCGAUUUGGAAAGGGAAGAUGAAUGUGGAAUAUGCUUAGAGCCUUGCACCAAAAUGGUUUUGCCUAAUUGCUGUCAUGCCAUGUGCAUCAAAUGCUACCGAAAGUGGAACACACGAUCAGAGUCUUGCCCUUUUUGCCGUGGUAGCUUAAGGAGAGUUAAUUCUAAGGAUUUAUGGGUACUCACUUGUAAUGAAGAUGUUGUAGAUGCUGAAACAGUUUCCAAGGAAGACUUGUUGCAGUUUUACCUUUAUAUCAGCAGCUUACCUAAAGAUAACCCGGAUGCACUUUUCAUAAUGUAUUAUGAAUACCUCAUUUGAUAUAUUAUUUUUUUACUAAAUAAGGAGAGAGAAAAAAUGUACAGAUAGGGAAAUCCGGACUGCAAAUGUGAAUAGAGUCUGGUAAGAAAUAUUUCUGAUCAUGUAAGGCACAGCUCUGCUGAGAUAAUGUUAUGGAAUUUAACCUUACCUUGUGAUGUAUCUCCAUUGUAGACGUAAUAUAGAUUACUAUUACAAUUUA